AUGAGUUAUAACGAGUUUAAGACACUUCAAAACAAACCGAAGUUCAAACAAUCGAAGACUAAACCGAAAGCAUACAACGGGGGAGAUGUUCAAGUGCAAGGUCAGUGUGUUUUAUCCUUAAAGUUUAAAGAUAAAUCUAUGAAAGCGCUGUUUUUAAUCAGCCCUGAUGAUGUUAAACCUAUUUUGGGAAGGGAACUGUCUGAAAAGCUAAAUCUUGUGAAAAGAACAUUUUGUAUUGAACAGCGAACAGUUCGAAUAAUUUAACGGGCAGUAGGUAUAACAAUGCAAAACUAAGUGAGAAAUAUGCAGACUGUUUCGAAGGACUAGGCUGUUUACCUCAUACCGUAAGAAUCGAGUUAAGAGAUGAUGCAACACCAGUUGUUGAGCCUUGUCGCACAAUACCCUUCGCGCAGUAUAAUAAGCUCAAAGACGAACUACAACGAAUGGAAGCUAUGGGCGUGAUUGAAAAGAUCGAAGAACCGACUGAGUGGGUUAACUCAUUUGUGCCAGUUACUAAGCCAAAUAGAAACUUGCGUGUUUGCUUAGACCCAAGAAACUUGAACAAAUCAAUAAAACGUGAACAUUUCAAGUUACCUACACGAGACGAAGUUAUAGCUCAAUUUGCAAUUGCCAAGGUAUUUACUAAACUAGAUGCCUCAAAUGGGUUUUGGCAAAUGAAGCUUGAAGACGGAAGUACCAAUCUAUGUACUUUCAAUACCACUUUUGGGAGAUACAAAUAUUUAGACUCCCAUUUGGAAUCUCCAGUGCCCCAGAGAUUUAUCAUAGAACGAUUAACUCUUUGUUUAGUCAUUUAG